AUGCAGGUCCAUGCCGUGCCAGAAACAGAACGCGCAUUUGAUGCGAGUGGCAGACAGCUGCCAUGGGGAAUAGAAUACGCAGACUCCGAGAGGCGGCGUGUGCCAGAAGAGAAAGGCCCAUUUGGGCGAUCUACACUGCGGCGCGCUGGUUCCAGAAGUAGAACGACGGCGACACCUGCGCGCAAGGAGGACCAGACCAAGAUCGACAACAUCCGGGUGAUAGACGACAUCUUCAACUCCUUCAAAGCCUCCCAACAAGCCGCUCAACCCACGCGUCAACCCUCAGUACCGCCCGGAUCGCUUCCCGUUUCCGCGUCCAUGCCGAAUCUCGACACUGCAGCCGCUGCUUCCGCGACACCUUCCACACAGUCAACAGCCCCCAAAGAACCAACAGAAGUCAUUCUUUACGGCUUUGGGGCCGAAUACCAAUGGGCCGCCAUCGAGUUCUACGAGCGUGUUUCUAGGGGUACGAUCCUCGAAGACUACGACCGACACCCGCCGCACUCGCGUUACAACCAAACCCUCAGUCUCAGCCGAGCCAGCGCCCAACGCACUCUCUCAGCGACAGCAUUGAGAAAGAAGAACACGUACAUGGGCGGGGAGCAUUGGAUCAAGGUUACAUUCGAUUCUCCCGAAGCCGCAGACCAGGCAUGCUACUGCUCACCCCACAACAUCCACAGCUACCUGGUCGUUGCAGAGAGGUUUCGAGGCAUAGGGCCGGCCCAGGACGCUCCCAUGUAUGCAGCACCAGGGCAGACACAAUCGCCAUCGCGGUCAACCAGCACGUUGCAAGGUGGCACCCAAACCCUUUCUCCUGAAUCAUCGUCAGGAACAGCCUCCUCUGCAACAGCGACGGGAGCCAAUCGUGAUCCGCCAUCGCCAACCCCACGACCGCGCACGACGCGAGAACCCGACUACCCGCGGCUUCCGGGCUCAAUAGAACUACAGCCCAUGGCCCAAGCGCCAGCGCCACAACAGCUCCAGCAACGCAAACAAACCAAAGAGCUACCCCCCGCCCCGCUACGCAUACAAGGCGCCAAGCGCGCUGUCCUGCUGCCUGCAGAUCAAGCGCUUCUACCAGUGGGUUCGAGGUGGCAACAGACGUUUGGCAGCUGGCCGCUAGUCGGCUGGCUGGUUGGCGGCGGUGGAGGGGUUGAGAUCUUUGGCGGCGAGCUGGCGAGGAAAGAGGAUGGGAGUGUGGAUUGGGAGAAGACUGGAUGGUAUUGGAGGGUUUUGGGAUGGAUGGACUCGCUGCUAGGGACGGAUUUUCUGGGAUUGAAGGAGGAUUGA